UUGUUUGUUUGCGCGUGUGUGUUAAGUGAAAUAAAUAAAUAUUAACAAUAUGGCAGACACAGCUGUAGCUUCCGAGGCACCGGCACCGGCUACGCCGGCGAAGAAGCAGCCUAAGGCGUCUGCCGCGGCGGGCGGUGUCAAGAAGGCGAAAGCCAAACCGACCCACCCGAAGACAUCGGAGAUGGUCAACAGCGCCAUCAAGGAGUUGAAGGAGAGGAGCGGAUCGUCCCUGCAGGCCAUUAAGAAAUACAUAGCGGCCCAAUACAAAGUCGACGCCGAGAAAUUGGCACCGUUCAUAAGGAAAUAUUUGAAGAGCGCCGUCGAAUCCGGAGCACUGAUCCAGACCAAGGGCAAAGGUGCGUCGGGAUCGUUCAAAUUGGAAUCCAAAUCGUCAUCGUCCAAGAAACCGGCCGGCGGUGCGGCGGGCACCAAGAGGUCCGCGUCCGCGGCCGGCGCCAAAUCGAAGAAGGGAUCCGCCGCGUCCGCGUCCGCCUCCAAGGCGAAGAAGGCCGCCUCCGCCGGCGGCGGUGCGUCUUCGUCGCCGUCGAAGGCUGCCGGCGGCAAGGCGGCCUCGUCCGCCGCCACCGCUAAGGACAAGAAGGCUGCGGCCGCGGCCAAGAAGAAGCCAGCGGCGGCCAAGAAGGCCGCGACGGCCGCGCCCGCGAGGGCCAAGGCCGCUGCCGCGCCGAAGGCGAAGAAAACUGCCAAACCCCCUACGAAGAAACCGAAAGCGCCCAAGCCGAAGAAGGCCGCCACAACACCCAAGAAGCCCGCAGCAAAGAAAGCGGCCGCGUCAAAGAAGUAAAUCCCUACCUGUGUAUGUACCUGGUACAUACCGCCGCUCUCUUUAUCUCUCCGCCGUUUGUUUACUGCUAGUUGCUUGCUUGCUUGCAGAAACAACAACAACUACCACG